CUCGCACAUCACUGAGCAGUCUUGAUGAAUUUAAUAGUUGGCUGGACUUUCCGAUCGAAGUGAAGCAAUCAAGGAAUGCGAGAUCGUGUGCUGGUUUUGCGAUAGCCGGUGUUACGGAGAUCAAGGUCAGGUCGGUGUGUUCGAAGUGGCCGGCGGGGUUGCGAAGAAGGUACACGGGUGCAGCGAGCGACCCAGUCACGAGUAAGUAGUCACAGUGAUUGUGAAUAUACAGUCAAGAGUCAAGUGAUGGUCAAAAGGAGCGAUGUGGGGUUGCACGCACGCCUUGCAAAUGGGGAGGUAUACAGAUACAGGGAUACGGAAUUCCUCACUCAGACUCUCUCCAUCCAUCCUUCUACUUCCAACCCCAUCAUCCCUCACCCUCAACUCCUCCAUCCUUGACCGCAUCCAUCCCUGACCACACGCCAGCAGCAUCAUGGCACCCUCACAAAUGAAAGCGCUGGUCUCUGCACCCGACCACACGACCGAGGUCAAAGAGGUCAGCGUUCCAAAGCCCGAAGCGGGAGAGGUGCUGAUCAAGGUGUCCACCGUCACGCUCAACCCCACGGACUGGAAGCACGCAGCCUUCAUGUCCACCCCUUCCCAAAUCCUAGGCUGUGACUUUUGCGGCACGGUGCAGGAUUCCAACGGGACGGAUUUGGCGGUGGGGACCAAAGUGGCAGGCUUCGUGCACGGCGGCAAGUACGAAGAUCGGGGUAGCUUUGCCGAAUAUCUAAAGGCGAGGGCGGACACGCUUAGCAAGGUUCCUGCUAAUGUCGACGAGGCUGUCGCUUCCAGCGUCGGCAUUGCGGGGUACACUGCUGCGCAAGCACUAUUCAGUCGAUUGGAGUUGAAUCUGCCGAGCAAAACCGACACUCUUCCUGCGCUCGACUCAAACUCUCCGAAGCUGCUCGUUUGGGCGGGCUCAAGUUCUGUUGGCCAGUACGCUGUACAACUCGGUCGUAUUGCUGGCUACCACGUCAUCACGACAGCCUCACCCAAGAACCACGAGUAUCUCAAGUCGAUCGGAGCUUCAGAGACGUACGACUAUCGCCAAGAGGCUCUUCCAGAGCUCAUCAGCAAACAGAAUCCAACUUUGAGCGGGGCACUGGACUGCAUCAGCGAAGGUGGAACGCAGAGCUUGUGCGCUCGAAGUCUGGGAAGCAGCGGCGGAACAGUCGUGGUUCUGCUCAAGCCCGAGAAGGAAGCGAUCGAAGUUCGCAACGAUGUCAAGAUCGUGCACACGCUCGUGUACAGCGUGCUUGGCCAUCCGUUCGCGUACGGGAAAGCCGCGUACGACGAAGCUACAGUCUCGGCAGAGAAUGCAAAGUUGCAAGCAUUCACUAGCCAAGGUAUCUUUAGGCACCUCUUUGCUAGCGGUCUAUUGCGCGGAAACGUCAUCAAACAUAUGGACGGUGGUUUGUCGGGCAUCCCGCAAGGCUUCAAGUAUAUGCAGGAAGGAAAGGUUUCACUCGAGAAGCUUGCAUACCGCAUUGGCUGAGUGGUCCACCAGGCUAGAAGGCAGCAAUUUGGCGUCAUGUGGGCAUUACGAGACAAUUGCAUUCGAAGGGUUUACUGCUACAAUGUGUUUGAUGGCGCGUGUGAUAUGUACUUUUUGAUAAGAUCA